GACAUCACACCGGAAAUCGUCACGGCGGAUGUGCGAAGCAGUCCGAGAGUCGCACACAGAGCGGUAGAUCCAGCAGCCUUCACAUGCUCACCGGUUCUUUUCUCUCGAUAACAACUAAAGGUGGAAAUGGGAAAGAAACGUGUUAAAGACCGAGCCUCCCGUGAGGAGGACGAGGACAUUGAAUUGACAGCUCCAUCAUGCAGUCACAUUCGCAAGGGGAUUGAUAGCAGUUUUAUGAAGAAGCCCAGUGCGGACAUUGACUGGAACGCUUGUCAAGGCUGUACUGAGCAUACAACGGAACCACAGGAGCCCACAGAAGACCCACCGGACCCACCCGCAGUGUGGAUGUGCUUGAAAUGUGGACACAGGGGUUGUGGUCGAAUGUCGGAAAACCAGCACGCGCUCAAACAUUACGAGACCCCGCGCUCGGACCCCCACUUCCUGGUGCUCAGCAUGGAUGCGUGGGUCGUGUGGUGUUACAUCUGUGACGACGAGGUCCACUAUUCUAAAACAGGGCAGCUGGCUCAGCUGGUGACCAGCAUUCAGAAGCAAGCGCAGUCGGACCCCAAGUGGAAGACUCCACAGCGGAAGACCAAGGUAGAGGCCAGUUCUGAGAAGGAGAUCCAUGUAAAGGAGGAGAACAAGGAGAACGUAAAGAGAAGCUCUAAGGAGAACGCGGGGAAGUCGUCCAAGUCGAGCCCAGCCGAGACCAACGCCGUCGCAGUUAAAGGCCUCAGUAACCUGGGCAACACGUGCUUCUUUAACGCUGUCAUUCAGAACCUCUCCCAGACCCAGCUGCUGAGGGGGGUUCUCAACCAGCUGACGGAGAACAAGAGCAGCUUGAAGAUCACUCCUACAGCCUCCUCCAAUCUGGCCCCCAUGGAGGUGCAUCUGGAACCCCCUGGCUCCCUCACCCUGGCUAUGUCCCACCUGCUCAACGAGAUCACGGAGUGCAAGAAGGGCGUGGUCACACCGAGGGAACUCUUUUCACAAGUCUGCAAGAAGGCGGCUCGCUUCAAAGGCUUCCAGCAGCAGGACAGCCAGGAGCUCCUUCGCUACCUGCUGGACGGGAUGAGGGCUGAGGAGACAAAGAGAGUGACUACUGGAAUAUCGGAUAACUUAAAAAAGUCGGGGAAAAGCAUAGAUGCAGACCAGUCCAAAAUCACCAUUAAAGAGUAUGAGAAAAAUGGACUCCCUAAAAACUUUGUGGAUCAGGUGUUUGGCGGCGAACUCACCAGCACUGUCAUGUGUCAGCAGUGCAAAACGGUGUCACUAGUAACAGAAAUGUUUCUGGAUCUUUCGCUCCCCGUUGCUGAUGAGGCGUACAGGAAAAAGAGCCAGAAGAAGGCGGUCCCCAAGGCGCGGGACUCGAGCCCGGAGGGCCGGGCCAGCCCGGCUCUGGACGACACCAGCGAUGACGGUCUCUCCGGCACCGGCAGCAAGUACCAGCAGAAGAAGGCCAAGAAGCAGGCCAAGAAACAAGCCAAGAGUCAACGGCGACAGCAGAAGCAGGAGGGGAAGCCCACGCUGGACGGUCCCGUGCCUGGCAGUGCGGACGAGAGCUUGCAGGAAGACCCCACCGUCCCGAGCAGCGAGACCAAGUGUGAGGAAGGAGCUCGGGAAGACACGGCGCGGAACGAUCAGACCCCCGUCGCCUCCCAAGAAACGUCCGUCGCACAAAAUGGCGAAGAGCAGCAGGAAGUGGCCUUGACCGACCAGGUAGUGGCCUUGACCAACCAGGAAGUGUUAACGCCCAAACAGGAAGUGGUUACGUCCAACCAGGAAAUGGCUGCCACCAACCAGGAAGUGGUUGCAGCCAACCUGGAAAUGGAUGCCACCAACCAGGAAGUGGUUGCAGCCAACCUGGAAAUGGAUGCCACCAACCAGGAAGUGGUUGCAGCCAACCUGGAAAUGGAUGCCACCAACCAGGAAGUGGUUGCAGCCAACCUGGAAAUGGAUGCCACCAACCAGGAGGUUGUUGCUGCCAAACAGGAAGGGGUUGCAGCUAAACAGGAAGGGGCUGUAGCCGAACAGGAGGUAACCCCAGCUGACCAGGAAGUGGCUCCGGCCGCCCCGGGAGUAGCUCCAGGAGAGGAGUCGGUCGCAGACGGCAACUGUUGUACCGCCAUGGCAGAGAACGGCGCCGGGGACAACAUUGAUGUAGAUGAGGAGGAGGAGGAGGACGAAGAGGACGAGGACGAGGACAUAGCUGAGGGAAUGGAAAGCUUGUCUCUGAAUGACGCCUUCCUGGACGGGGAGGAGGAUGGCGUAGGGGCGGAGCCCGGUGCCGUGGGAGGGGCUAAGGAGUACACGGUGGUGAACCAGGACCCGGCGCUGGCUUUUGAGACGCUGGCGAGGCGGGUGGGGCCGGAGAGGCAAGAGUGCUCGGUCCUGUCGUCCCUCUACCACUUCACUGAGGUGGAGCACCUGACCCAAACCAACAGCCUGCUGUGUGUCGCCUGCACCCGGCGACAAGGCUCCCAGAAGAAGGUCUACACGGACGGUCUGAAGCAGAUGUUGAUCUCCACUCCUCCUCCCGUCCUCACACUGCAUCUCAAGAGGUUCCAGCAGGUGGGCUACAGCGUCUGCAAGGUCAACCGACACGUCCAGUUCCCCCAGGUGCUGGAUCUGGCUCCUUACUGCACUGCAACAUGCAAGAAUGUUCCGGCGGGGGAGUCCAACGUGCUGUACAGCCUGUACGGUAUCGUGGAACACAGCGGCACCAUGCGGUCUGGUCACUACACGGCGUACGUCAAGGCCCGGCCCGACAGCCACUCCAAAAACGGACUCCCAGCAUCGGCCGAGCCCCUGCAGCCCCCGAGAGGAACCUGGUACCACGCCAGCGACAGCAGCGUGCAGCCGGUGACCGAGAGCAAGGCCCAGGGCUCGCAGGCCUACCUUCUGUUCUACGAGAGGAUGUCCUCCUGACCUUGACCCCCUGACCCCCCCCCCCCCCGACACUAGCCCCACCCUCUCAGGGAACAACACCACCACCACCACCACCGUCGCUGCUGCUGCUUCAGAUCCAUAAUAAAAACUAGGAUCUGAUCUGAAAUACUGCUGGUGUGUGGACCACGGCGGAUGAUGAAUUGUCAAAAAUUGUCAAUUGUCAAUUGUCAAAAAACAAAAAAUGCCUUCUUUUAUUUUUUUUCGUUUUCUAUCUUCUCUACCGUAACACUCAUCUCUUGUCAUCUCUUGGGACAAGCAACACCAGAGUUGUCCAUAAACCAGUUUGUCUUUAUUUUAUUUUUUUUUUAAACGAAUAACUCUUAUAGAAUAGUGAAACAAUAAUGGAAAUGAAAUAGCCAGUUUAAAAUGGAUACCUCUAUUUUAUCAUAGUUGUGUUGCCUAUUGCUACAAACUGCAGUUUGUGCUUCAAUUAUUAUAUGAAUGGAAAGAAAACAUGAAUUUGUAGUAGCUGGCAGUAUUAAGAAGGCAAUAUUACUUUUUUUCUUUGCCAAGGGCAUGUCGGCAAGAUCAUUUGUCUGCAUUAUGCCUGCAUAUGAUGGAUAAGUAUGAGGCUGGUUGGAAUUUACCAGUUGAGCUGCUAAUGUUUUUAAGGGAGAACAACACCUGAAAGACUUUUGUAUUAAUAACAUGAGAUGCAGUUGACCCCAACGCUGACUGACCUAUAUAUAGAUGUAUAUCUAUAUAUAUGUAUAUGUAUACAUAUAUAUAUUUAUAUAUAUACAAAAAAGUAAAUAAUAAAUCGGGAUUAUUUGUAGAAAAACAUGGGAAAGACCCAAACUAAUACAUUAUAUACUUCUAGAAUGCGUUGUAGCCUAAUAAUUACAAACCUAUUUGUAUGGAGUAUUUAUACCUGGGUCUUUUAAAACUGAUGUUCAAUAUUAAUAAACGCCUGAUGUAAAAAUA